AAAAAUCGUUCGGUCAGUCAGUCAAGCUCCAACCCGCCCCACCAAAUCAAGCCCACCGACUGCAUAACGUGGUUAAGUAAUCGACACGCGAACGCAGCACCGAAGGGGGGGGGGGGGGGGGGGGGCGCCCGAAGUAUAUCUCAUGUGUUCACCUGUUGUUGUGGGCUAUUGAGAAAACAAAGCCGCGCAAAAGCCGGCAUCAUGCCGUUUGGUCAGCAGGGAGUUUCGAAAAUCGAACCCACCCUUCACACGCAGAGGGAAAGAGAGGGAGAGAACACAAGCAAGCCAAUCCUAAGUGUGUCGUGAACGAUUCGCUUGUACCGCUUUAAAACGAGUGCUAAGUAUGCGCGGCCUCCUCCUGGCCCAAGCCGGUCUGGCUCGGUGCUUUUUCUAGACGUUGUGAGCGAAGGAGAAAGAAAGAGGCGUUGGAGAAGAAGAGAUAGAAAAAAAAGCGGCGGCUACUCAGAUCGGUGCCAUGGGUGACGCGCUGUGCCGCUUGCCAGGAGGUGGUAGGUGCGUUCUGUUCACUUUCAGUUUCAACCGUGCCGUCAGUCCGAUACGUUCGCUUUCAGUAAGCAAUUGAAGGAAAAGUCUACUACAUAUCCUUGUUUUACAGUGCGAAAUUAGCAGAACGAAACAUGAUUGUUCGAUCAGGUGCUGUUUUGUCGCUGCUUGGAGCGUUCCUGGCUGUUAGUGGAGCUCCCUACGGUGGUGGCCACGAUGAUGGCGAGUUUCGGGACAAAAAGUACGACGAACAGUUGAAACAGGUCUCCAAAGUGGGCAACACCUACGUGGCCGCACUGGAAAUUUACGACAACCCGCCCGAUCAGGACAAUGCCCGAAAGGAGGUGGACAACUUCCCUUCCAACAUCUACAGCAAGUACGACAAUCUGCAGCACAAAGUGAAGAGCUUUUUCGAUGCUGAGCCCAUCAUUGAUAACAUACGAGAAUCGGACAAGUAUGGCAACACGGGCGAUCAGUUUUACUUCAUCACGAAACCGUUGGUGGAAACGACCGCCAAGGUGAACAUGUUCAUCAACUCGGUGAUAGCGGCGCCAAAGAAGCUGCUCGGUGGCUUCAAGAAACAGGCCAACGAUAAGCUGAACGAUGUCGGUGCGGCAUUGGUUGGAUUGUAGUGCUUUAAAAAAAGAGGAGUGUUUUCUGGUCGAAGUGGACUGUUUUCUUGUGUAAGGAAAGGUUGUAUAUACAAGGUAGUCUUAAGAUGCUUAAAGAUAGUUUGUUAGUUUAGGUUUCUUUCACGUCCUUCCAUUACCGUGAUAUGCAAAUUGCCAUCGUUUAAUGUUGGGGUAGUUACAGCCCCAAGUCACUUGUUUUCAGCUAGAUUUGAAGCAUCCAAAACUAUGACAUAUGAAACUGUCCAAUAAAUGGUACCUUAAAGCUUACCUACUCUGGCCUUUCCAACAACCGAAGUUCACCAUAAACCAUAUAUGACCCGAAAACAAACCCCAGAAGCAUCGGAAAACUGCAUCUGACUCACAUCGUUCCACAAAUCGAGGCCACCAAAAAGAUGCACUACGCCCCUCUUCGCUCACUCCCACUCCCACAUUGCACAAAGCCGGCACAUGGUCAUCGUCGUGCAAAUCGCCACCACCAUCAUCAUCAUCAUCAUCAUGAACAGCCCCUGCCUGCACAGUGCGAUGAUGGAAAACCCAAACAACCAUCUGCAGCCAUCCCCGCCUCGCUACACAGUCGCGCAUAUUGUCGAUGCGCAUACAAAUUCGACCGUUGAGUGUGUUGCGUUCCAGCCGUUAGAUAAUCGGACACGCGAGCCCCUUAGUCCCCGCUACUGCCUUGGGCAUCUCUGCCGAACGCACUGCUGCUCUCCGCGGCUCAAUUUGCUCCGUUAGCUAAUAUUUGUAGGUCUGCCUGCUUGUCUUUUUUUUGGGUGUUGUUGUGUGAAGAUUUUGGAAGACCGAUCGGAGGAGGUGGAAAUUUUGGGCACACAAACAACAACAGCAACAAUGCGGUACGAGAUGAUGGACGAGCUCUCCAUCGGCUGCUUUAGUUGUCUCAGUUCGAUUGGGCAGACAAGAUCAGAGACAGAGUGUGUCUUAUUGGAGCGACAUCAGCUUAGUAAACGGCUAGUAGACAUUA